AUGGCUCAAUCUAAGCAUAUAGACAAAGUUCUUGAUAGGCAUAGUGAUGAAACUAUUGCAAAUAACCGUUUAAGGUUGAAGACAUCUAUUAAUGCUAUUCGAUGGCUUAAUGUUAAUAAUGUUGUUAUUGAAAAUGCUCCUGGAAAUGCUCAAUAUAUAUCUCCCGGUGUUCAGAAAGAUAUAUUGCAUAUCUUUGCUAGAAAAGUGCGUGCAACAAUUCGAGAAGAAAUUGGUGAUUCUAAAUUUUGUAUAAUUAUUGAUGAAGCAAGAGAUGAGUCAAAGCGAGAACAAAUGUCUGUGGUUUUGAGAUUUGUAGACAAGCACGGUUGUGUUCAAGAAAGAUUUUUUGAUCUUAUACAUGUUUCUGAUACAUGUUCUUUGACAUUGAAAACAGAAAUUUCAUCAGUUCUUUCUCGUCAUAAUCUUGAUGUCCAAAAUCUUAGGGGACAAGGGUACGAUGGAGCUAGUAAUAUGCGCGGUGAAUGGAAUGGAUUGCAAGCUCUAUUUCUGAAAGAUUGUCCUUUUGCUUAUUACAUUCAUUGUCUUGCUCAUCGAUUACAAUUAGCACUUGUUUCUGCAGCCAAAGAAGUUUGUUAUGUUCAUCAAUUCUUUUCAAAACUUACACUAAUUGUGAAUGUUGUGACUGUUUCUCCUAAACGUCAUGAUCAGUUAAGGGUUGCUCAAGCAAAUAAUGUUGUAAACUUAAUUGCCAAUGAUCAAAUUGUGACAAGUAGUGGACUUAAUCAAAUUGGUACUUUGCAAAGAGCUGGAAAUACUAGAUGGGGGUCUCAUUUGAAUUCUGUACGUAGCUUGUUAUGCAUGUUUGAUGCUACUUGUGAAGUUCUUGAAAAAAACACCGAAGAAGGUAAUUUCUCCACUCGUGGUGAUGCUAGUGCUGCUUAUGAUGCUAUUACAUCCUUUGAAUUUGUCUUUGUUUUGCAUUUGAUGAGAAAUAUUUUGGAAGUUAGUCAUGAUCUUUGUCAAGCUUUGCAACGAAAAAAUCAAGACAUAUUGAAUGCUUUAACUCUAGUUUCUACUACCAAGACUUUAAUCCAAAGAAUGAGAGAAUCAAGUUGGGAGGCUUUCAUAAAAGAAGUUAUAUUAUUUUGUGAGAAACAUAAAGUUGAAGUUCCUGAUAUGAAUGCAUUGCAUAUUCCUAGAAGAGGCCGAACUCGCAAAAUUGUUGAUCAAAUUUCAGUGGAGCAUCAUUACCGUGUUAAUUUAUUUCUGGCUGUAAUUGAUACACAAUUGCAAAAGCUUAAUGGAAGAUUCAACGAUAAUAUGGUGGAAUUGCUUACUUUAAGUUCAACUUUAGAUCCCAGAGAUAAUUAUAAGUUCUUCAGUGUCAACAAAGUAUGUGAAUUAGUAGAACGGUUUUAUCCAAGUGACUUCAGUGACCAAGAGAAAUUUCACAUUAGAAUGCAAGCUCAACAUUAUGAACUUGAUGUUCCUAAUCAUGUUGAAUUAACUAACUUGUGUACAAUUUCGGAGUUAUGUCAAGGAUUAACGAAGACAGAAAAUUUUUGUUUUCAAUGUCAAAGAACUGCUACAACUGAGAGAUCUUUUUCAGCUAUGAAUAUUGUGAAGAAUAGACUCAGAAACAAAAUGGAAGAUGAAUUGCUUGCUAAUUGUCUUUUGAUUUACAUUGAGAAGAAGAUUGCUGAAAAAUUUGACAUAGAUUCUAUUAUCGAUGAAUUUUAUGAUAUGAAGAAUCGACGUGUACCACUUCGUUAG